AUGUCGGUGCUUGCAGCACUGUGUUGCUGUGCCGGUUUCAAGCCAUCAAUAGUCGUCGUCAAUGGUCAAAAAUACGAAAUUCAAAAACUACUGGGUGAGGGAGGAUUCUCGUUUGUAUAUCUAAUUAAAGCCCCUUCCGGUGAGCAUCUAGCACUAAAGAAAACGAGAUGUCCCUUUGGUAGCAUCGGGACGAUAUCGCCAGCCAUGAAAGAGGUCAUCAACUACAAGCGAUUUCAAAGCCCUUACAUCGUACAACUUGUGGACUCACAAGUUUCGCAAGAAAAAGAUGGUUCCAAGACCGUCUACAUCCUGCUGCCAUAUUUUUCUAGGGGUUCAUUACAAGACGAAAUUGACAGACACCUUUUGAACUGCACAGAAAUUUCAGAAUUGGACAUUGUCCGUUUUUCAGUAGGAAUUGCGAGGGGUCUGCUGUGUAUUCAUGAAUCUAACGUGAAUGACGACGCAGAAGUCACGUAUAGCAUUGUAUCUGGAUCCUAUCACGACGACACAUCGCUACUGAACGACCUGGAACUUGACACAUUUGGCGAAUCCCAGCAGUCGUAUGCACACCGCGAUUUGAAGCCUGCAAACGUUAUGAUAUCGCCGGAAGGCAUGCCUGUAAUAAGUGAUCUGGGCUCGUGUUCACGGGCUGUGCUCGAAAUCAGUUCUCGACAGGGGCUUUUGCAAUUCCAGGAAUGGAGCUCUGAACAUUGCACUCCGGCUUUCACGGCUCCUGAAAUAGUCGAUGCACAACUCAAGUCUGUGAUAACCGAAAAGUGCGACAUAUGGUCCUUGGGAUGUACUAUCUAUGCUAUGUGCUUUGGAAUCUCACCCUUUGAGCGAGAAGAACAAAUCAGCGGUGCGUCCACCACUUACGCCAUCACGACGGGGAAAUACACGAUACCGCGUGGCACACAUCGCAAUCCUAAACUCAUUGAUAUAAUACACAAGUGCUUGAAAGUCGAUCCAGCUGAAAGGCCCUCAAGCAGUGAUCUUUUGACACUGUUGAUGGAUUUGCAAGGUGAGCUGGUCUCGUGA